CACGGCGGAAGUAAGGCAGGAAGCAGUUGUCAUGGCAUCGCUGCUGUAAACUCGCUUGGAUUUCGUCAUUCAUUUGCAGAGCGUUUGAAAGGAAUAACAAUGAGUACUCAGUAUAGCAUUCUGUUCAAGCAAGAACAUGCACAUGAUGACGCUAUCUGGACGGCAGCCUGGGGGAGAAGUGAGGCGGAUGGGACUGAGACGAUCGUCACUGGAUCCCUAGAUGAUACGGUGAAAGUUUGGAAAUGGUCAGAUGAAAAGCUGGAGCUACAGUGGACCCUGGAAGGCCACCAGUUGGGUGUGGUGUCUGUAGAUAUCAGUCACAAUGGGGCCAUUGCUGCCUCCAGCUCCCUUGAUGCCCACAUCCGCCUCUGGGACCUGGAGACGGGCAAACAGAUUAAAUCCAUGGAUGCGGGACCAGUGGACGCAUGGACGGUCGCCUUCUCCCCAGACUCUCAGUAUAUUGCCACAGGAAGCCAUCUUGGCAAGGUCAACAUCUUUGGAGUGGAAAGUGGGAAGAAGGAAUCCUCACUGGAUACCAGAGGGAAAUUCAUCCUCAGCAUCGCUUACAGUCCAGAUGGAAAGUACCUUGCUAGUGGCGCUAUUGAUGGGAUCAUAAACAUCUUUGACAUCGCCACAGGGAAGCUUCUUCACACGCUGGAGGGCCAUGCUAUGCCCAUCAGAUCUCUCACCUUCUCCCCUGACUCCCAGCUCCUGGUCACGGCCUCAGACGAUGGCUACAUAAAGAUUUACGAUGUGCAGCAUGCUAACCUUGCAGGCACACUGAGUGGCCACGCCUCCUGGGUCCUGAAUGUGGCUUUCUCCCCGGACCACACCCACUUUGUGUCCAGCUCUUCAGAUAAGAGUGUGAAGGUUUGGGACGCCAGCACCAGAGCCUGCAUCAACACCUUCUUCGACCACCAGGACCAGGUAUGGAGUGUCAAAUACAACAGCACCGGCUCUAAAAUCAUCUCUGCUGGAGACGACCGGGCCAUCCACAUCUAUGACUGCCCCAUGUGAUGGAGAACGGCCCGUCACUGUGGACGCUCGCUGUGUGGAUACACAUAAACUGGUGGUUGGUGGGAGAGAUGGCUCGUUGUAAAUGUUUAUUUUGUGUUGGCCGGUAGUGGUCAAAUAAAGUGUUUUGUUUUUGUAUUUUUGCUCUCGUGGUAUGAUUCUGCCUUUUUGUGCCAUGUCCUAUUUACCAAAUAAUGAUUGACACGUUUAUGAUGUAACGUGAGUGUGUGCCAUGCAUGGACACUGAUGUGAUCAUAGGUGUUGGUCUUCAUACUGCAACGUAGCGCUGCUGCUCCUGUGCACUAGAGGGCAGUGUCGUGCUUGCAAACCCACAUCACACCACAACAGGUCUGGAAAUGGAAACGAACACUGCAGAAAUAAAAAGAGCGAAAUAGAGCAUGAUACCUGUGAUGUUUUGUGCUUCUCAUAACGUCAAUAAAUGGA